AUGAAUGCCUACAUUAUCAAUAGGAGAAGGUCUAAACGAAGAUAUUCAGAUAUUUCACUUACUCACCAUUUUUGAACGAAAACAUGAUUGAAAAAUCGGAUUUUUUUAAAUCAACUUUUUUUGAAUGAACAAAAAAAUUGUUUAUAUAAAUAAUAUUCUGUGCAGAGACAAAUCUUAUAAAUUAAAUCAGAUUUUCUUUCAACCUGAAAAAAAAUUAUAUAUAUUUAAUAUAGCCAACUUAUAGGAAUUUCUAGUAAGGGCCGAUUGUCCUUUACAAGAGAAAGUUUUUAAUUCUAAUAUAAUUAUUUUAUCAGAAAUAAUAUUUUUAGAGGCUGGGAUCUUAUUAAAAAAUUAAUUCUUAUUUAAGCGUUUUUUAAAAUUUUGAAUUAAAAUAAUUAAUUAGCACUAAAAUUACAGCUGCCAAAACCUUACACACACUUAUAGUGGAGAGUUAUGAGCAGCCUCGACGAACGCAGUUUUAUCGAUGAAUCGCCAGAAAUAGAGCCUCCAACAGAAGCUUGAUUUCCAAGCAGACAAAUAACAAGAUCUCAUUUGAGUACACCAAGUAGUAUUUUCCUACUAGAAAGUGAAGUCCUCUCACAAAAGAGUUUUAUUAUCCAACCUGAAUGCAAAUUUAUUCUAUAUUGAGAUAUAGCUGUUAGCGUUUUGAUAGCGGUACAAUUGAUAUAUACUCCAAUCGUUCUAUUUAUGGAAGACUCUGAAAAUAAAAAGCUAAGAAGUUGAGAUAUUUUGAUAAACGAGUUGUUUAUUUUGGAUAUUAUAGUAAAGUUUAAUACUGCUUCAUAUUCCAAAGGACAUAUAUUUAUUUUAACUGAAUAUUUAUUAGGAUUAAAAUAUUUUGUAUUUUAAAAAUAAUUAUAUAAAAAUAUGAUAUAAUAAAAAGUAGAAUUGGAAUUGCAAAGAAAUAUUUAACGUCUUGAUUUUUAUAUGAUAUAAUAGUAAGUAUUCCUAUUCAAGAAUUUUAUGAGCUAUUUACUGCCCCCUUCAAGAGUAAGGAAAUUCUUUUGCUAGCUCUUAAAUAGCACUAAUUUUUUUAUAAAAAUCUAUUUUAUUAUAAGAAUGCAAGCUGUCUCAAAUUUAAUAAUAUUAGAUUGAGAGCUCGUUAUAGCAAUUAUUAAAAUAUUUUUUAUAAAAAAUUAUGUUUACUCGCUCUCAAUAGGCAUUUUCCAGAAAUUUGCUUGCCUUUAAAGGUGGAAUUAGUUCUGAAAAAACGGAUCACAAUAGUUAUGAAUACUUUAGUAUGCAUCGAAUUUUUGAAUAUACCAAAAUAAUUCGUGUUGUGAGAGUUGUUAAGUUAGCAAAAACAAUGACUUUACUGGAAGAUUAUGUAAAAAGUAAAAAAGUAGCAAUUACAUUUCGGUUUUUUAAACUUAUGUUUAUUGUAUUUUAUAUAAAUCAUUGUGUGGCAUGCUUAUGGUAUUAUAUCAAUUAUGUCGAUUCCUUCACGUUUCCUUUAACUUGGACAUCCAAACUUCACUCACUAGGGCAUUUUAAUUUAAGCGAUCUUUAUAUUCGAGCUUUUUAUUUUGCUAUAACCACAACUUCAACGCUAGGAUAUGGAGAUAUCGACCCACUCACAAUCCAUACAUUGAUUUUUGACAUUUUCAACAUGUGAAUUGCUGUCAUUAUUGUUUCCUAUAUAAUUGGCAACAUAAGUGAUUGGGUAGUUGCUGAAACUAUUGCCCAUAUAGAUUUCCGGAAAAGAAUGGUUAACAUAAACAACUACAUGAAUGUAAAAAAGCUUCCAAGGGAUUUAAAAUUUAAAUUGCGCACAUAUUUUGAUUUUAUCCGAUUUUCUCGCCCAAUCACAAACUUUGAUGAACUUCAAGUUUUUGAUUUAUUAAAAAAUAAUUUAUAAGCUAAAAACUUGCUAAAAAUUAUCAAAAAAUAAUUUAAUAGAAAAUAAAGCAAAUGACUAUAAUUAGCAAUGUUUUUAGCUUACAAAUGGAUGCAUAUCUGCGCCUUUAAGAGAAGAAAUCGCAGGCAUAACAAGAGGCAAAGUAUUUAAAGAAUGCUCUAUUUUUCGACAGCUUUACAGUACAAAGCUAAUAAAUGAAAUUUGUAAAAAAAUAAAAGUUGAAAGAUACGCACCUGAUGAUGUUGUAUUUGAAGAAGGAGAAAAGGGUCAGUCUAUUUAUUUUAUAUCGUCAGGGAUAGUAGAAGUUUACCAUAAGGGAACUUUGACUAUUUUUAAAGAACUUAAUGAAGAGUCUUCAUUUGGAGAAAUUGGGUUCUUUGCUAUGCAUCCUAGGGAAGCCAGCAUAAGGUGUCUUGCCUUUUGUGAGUUUAUGGUCUGUCACAGAAGCGAUUUAAAUGAAAUUUUAAAGACCAAGCCAGAAGCUAGGCAAAAAACUGAUAUGCUUUAUAGUUUUCCCUAUAAAUACCCAUAAGAUGUAUUUUUAUAAACUAUUUAUAGGAUAUUUAAAGAAAAAGCUAUAUAAUUUUUGCCAAAGAGAAGUCCCUAAUAAAUAUACAGCCUUGGGGACAAGAUGCUUUCUUUGUAAUACUUUAGGGCAUACCGCGGCGAAAUGCUAUAAAGUUUUAGUAAAAAUUUGUGAUGAUGAUAGUAAGGAGAAAUGGCUGAAAGAGAGAGAGUUUGGGAAAAAAAUCAGAAAAGAUAUUGUAAAAAAACUUAGAACGCAAUAUACAAAUUCUAAAUUAAUUUUAUGAAGAAUUAAUUCAAAAAAAUAAUGAAUUGUUUAAUUAGUAGUCUAUUUGCAUUUUUUUUACAUUAAAUAAGAAAAAGAAAUUUUAUAAAAAUUUCGCCUAUAAAAUUUUCCUAUAGAAAAAAAUUUAUUUAAGACCAAAAAUGGGAAAUUUUGCGGAUAUUAUGCUCCAAUUUAAAGGGGGUCGGGAAGUUAGAUAAGACAAUUGAGAAGAACACCUGGAAAAUAUAUACGGAUUUACCUUAAACAGCUAAUAUAGCUUAUUUACUAAAAUUUAUAGAAAAAUUCAAAUAAUUUAGCAUAGCGUAAAAUUCCCAGUAAAUAUAAAAAAACCUUUACAUGAGACAGCAAAUUUUUCACAAAAAGCAACUGCAUAUAUGCAGGAAAAUGAAACUUUCACACAAAAAGCAAGCGCAUUCAUAAAAGAUUUGAGGGAAGAACACUUCAAAACUAUUAGAACAGAUAAGGACAUAACUACCAGGAAAACUUAUUUAAAUGUAUUGGGAAAUCCAUCAAGUGAGUCAAGUGAUGAAGAAUCAAGCUGUAGAGGAUUGUCUGAUAUAAGUAUGACUAGUGGAUACUCACAUGUAAAUAGUGAAAAUUUAUCCAGAUUUAGAUCUGAUAAAUCAAUAGGCGUUCGAGGCUCUUCUCGGGCAGAAGAAAAUACCUUCUUUGAAAUGUUUGACAGGAGCGCUUAA